AUGUCACCCUCAGCCAACCAGUCAGCAGCAGAGCGCCUGCGGGCGCGCAAGCCCGUGCCCGCGCCGGUGCCGGCCUACCUGCCGAAAGCCGGAUCUCCGCUGACCGUCGACACCGCCCUUUACGACAGGGCUCAGCAGGCACCUCGCGUGCUCAUAGAAGAAUUCACACUGCCGAUCCGGUCCGGCAGAGCAUGGAAGGCGCCCGCCGGGUCCAUCGUGCGCAUCAGCACCCCCGAGGGGCCGCAAGUCGGCGACCUGAACAUCUGGAACGCGCACAACCCGCGCGAGCGCUUCUGGGCCAGCCGCACGCGGCAGCUCUACGCCUCGCACGUCUCGACGCACGACCGCCUCUGGUCCUGCCUACCCUACAUGCGCCCCCUGGCCACCAUUAUCGCCGACACACUGCGCUGGUACGGCCAGGACGAGCGCGGCGGCCGCGCGCACGACCUGCUGGGCACGCGGUGCGACCCUUACAUCGCGCAGGUGCUCGGCGGCAACGGGUACGACUUCCACUGCCACUCGAACCUCGUGCGCGCCGUGUCCAGGUUCGGCCUGCUCGAGAGCGACGUGCACGACGUGAUCAACCUGUUCCAGGUGACGGGGCUGGACGAGAAGGGGAGGUACUACAUGAGCCCCUGCCCGGCGGAGAAGGGGGACUACAUCGAGUUUCUCGCAGAGCAGGACCUGCUUAUGGCGUUGAGCACUUGUCCCGGCGGUGAUCUUUCGCUCUGGGGUUUCGGAGCUGACAGCGAGAAGGAGAUGGAGAAGUGCUGCCGCCCUCUCAAGGUCGAGGUCUUUAGGCUCGAAGACCCGUCACUGCUGGAGAAAGGGGGAUGGAAGCCCGCGGAUGUUUCUGGGUAUAAGGGGAUGCAUGGUGUGGCUGUGGUCGAGGGCGAGCCCGAGAAGAAGAGGAUGGAGGCGGAGGCUCGUUCAUGA